UCAACAGCAGUAGCAGCAAAAGCAGCAUCAACAGCAGCAUCAGCAACAGCAGCAGCAUCAACAGCAGUAGCAGCAUCAACAGCAUCAACAGCAGCAGCAGCACUCCCCUGCAACGCGGUUUGAGGGACACGGAAGAGGCUCCAUCGUCCGCAGUGGAGCUUGCUGCCAUGUGGAAUAGUAAGAUGCAGUCCACGGAAUAGCAGAGCUGGCGGGGACACAGCGAAGCCGUCGUCGCGACUAAGACGGAGACACAUCAGGACUUCUUCACAAUUCUGACUGAUCGCCCGAUGGAGCGGGUAAAUGAACGUGUUCAUCGACUGUCGUUGUGAUCUCCCGGCGAAACGUCAAAGUUUCACUCGGAGCGUAAACGCCACGGGGUUUUUGCUCUCCAGCGCACAAAGCGAGCUGUGGCAAGGAGGAGACACUGCUGAGACACGUGACCUCUUCCAUCAUCACCACCAUCAUCACCACCACCACGACCAUCAUCAUCAUCAUCACUACCGUCAGCAUCACCACCACCACUGCCACAAGCACCAUCGCCACAAUCAUCAUCGUCAUUGACACCGCUACCACCAUCACCAGCAUCACCGCCACUACCACCAUCACCAGCAUCACCACCACUACCACCAUCAGCGCUGACCCUUGUCACCACAAUGGAGAUUUCCGUGCGGCCCGUGAUGUUUGCCGCUCUUCACCUCGUGGCUUGUGCAAACGCGUACUUCACGACGCUGCCCCGGGACGUGACCGCGAGCGAGGGUCACGACGUGUUCAUGACGUGCGAGUACCGGGCCCGCGCCGCCGCCUCCGGCGGCUCCAUCGAGAUGCAGUGGUGGCACCUCCGCGACGCCGCGGGCCCGGCGGGGGGGCCCGGGGGAGGCGGUGGGGGGGGGCCCCCCCCCCGCGGUGCCCACACGCCCACUCGCCUGCAGGCUACCAAAAUCAGCACCGUGCGAGUGCUUGGCAGGGACAUCAACAACACGCUCCAGCUGGCCCACGUGACCCCGCGUGACGCGGGCCUCUACGAGUGCCGCGUCAGUGACCGCAGCGGCGUGCGCGCCCAGGAGCACAAAGCGCGCGCCACGCUGCACGUGGGCAGCAGGUCGCAGCCGCGACGCGACUCGCAGGUGCCGGAGGCGAGGCCGCUGACCAAGGGAGCGCCACCGCGCGCGGCCGCGGCACCCCCCACGUGGAACGCGACGACCACGGCGGCGGCGACGGCGGCGGCGGCGACGACGCGGCCGAGCAGCGUCCCACGGAACGACGGAGACCGCCGCGGGCGCUCCCAGCCAGCGCCCACGGCGGCACACGGGCAGCAGCGGCGGCGGCAAUCCGGCAGCGGCUGCCCCGACCCUCCGCUGCCCUGGGGCAUCCUGGGACUCCUCCUGCCCCUCGUGUGGUGAGGGGGGCCACGGGCGGCGGCGGCGGCUGACGCGGUACGGGAGGCUUUCGACGGCCGGUGCCAGGGGCCGUGGAAAGGUUCGGCGUCUGCGGAGGCGGCUUUCGUGAAGGACGCCGCCGCCGCCGGCGGCUCUGGGCAGAGCCGGCGGCGGUGGCGGCGGCUCCCUCCGGCGAGAGUGGAGGGAGCGGCGCUCGCGACGACGAAGCGGAGCGCCGGGCGGCCGCGCCGCGAGCGAAGUUGGCGCAAGGCGGUGGGUGGCGGCUGCCGGUACAACUCGUGGCACCCGGGCCUCUACGCCGCGGCCUCCCGCGAGCGGCCGAGCCUUCGGCGACCACUUGGACGCGGCCCUCGGCAGGCGCACCUGGCCUGGCACGGGCGCCGUGGCGAAGUCGCGAACCCGCGGCAGUCGGUGAAGAUCGCGAAGACGACGGAGUGAGGAAGAUCGCGACGGGAGACGGUCGCGGGGAGGAAGAUGGCGGAGGGCGACCUCCCACGUGACCCCCAACAUCACGGGCGCUGCGUUCUCCUCUACCGCAGACCCCGUGUCUCUCUGUCUCUCUCUCUGUCUUUCUGUCUCUAUAUUUGUCUCCGUCUCUCUUUCUAUCUCUCGCUGUCUCCCUGUCUCUCUGUCUCUCUCUCUCUCUGUCUGUCUCUGUCUCUAUCUUUGUCUAUGUCUCUCUCUGUCUGUGUGCUGGAGGGCCUCCCGCGCACAAGCGGGACAGAGCCGCCAAGGGUGUCCGCGCGGAACGUUGCUCUCAAGCGAUUGCCCCUCACCGGGGGAGAGACAAAGGCGGCCGGGCGUGGAGCUGGCCACCCCCCACCACCGCCCUCGUGUGUGCUGUGCCAGCCUUCAUUGACGCUGCCCCAGGUCGAGGGCUUCACCGGAAUUAUUGGGGUUUGUUGUAGGUUGUUUUGUGCUCGCUGCUCUAGCGUCAAAUGGAGUUGUACAAAAACAAAAUGGUGGACGUUGCCAGGGCAGACGUUGAUCCAGCGGGACGGUUUUGCCGCAAGCGCCGUACGUCGCCCUUCGAACGUUCACCGAACGUCGCACGGCAAACGUUCACCGAACGUUCACGGUACGUUCACCGAACGUCGCACGGCCAACGUUCACCGAACGUUCACGGUACGUUCACUGAAAGUUCACCGAAUGUCCGUCAUUCUUUCUUCGUGGGCCAUUUUGCAUUCCGACCGUUGUCGUUGUCAAGGGGGAGGGGGUGGGGUGUGUGGGGGUGUGGGUGAGACAUGUUGAAAAGACAACAUGUGUUGCGUGUAAUCUUCAUGUUACAUGUUUUUGGAGGGAGGGAGGGAGGGGUGUCAACACCGUCCACUUUUAAUUCUCGCGCCGCCAAAAUCGUCGUCGACGUCGCUGACGUCACAUCGCGAGUGCGUUCCGAAGCGCGGCGAUUCGUUUCAUCGUUUCAAAUAUAUAAUUUAUAUUUUUUUAUAAUUGUUCAAGUCCUAACGAUGGCCAGGUAUUGUUUUGAAGCGGUGGUCCAUUAACCUGGGGGGGCAGGGGGCGGGUGGGGGGGGUGCACGCUGCACCACCUGGGUAGUGCGAGAAGCCCUUCCUGGGGGGGGGUAGCGAGCGAGACACGGACAGAUUUGUGAUGAAAAGUUAAAUCAUCGAAAACGCGAAUUAAGCACCCGGGUGCACGUCAGGUUACAACUUACCUAGUUUAAUCAAACCCUACCUACUUACUACUACGUGUUUGUUGUUAACAUUGUACAUCGUUUUGUUUUUAGUAAUGAUCGAUAGCCAAUUCUGCAGGUUGUGGUGGACCCCACUGGGGGGGGUUGAAAUCGCUGUUUGUGCGGAACGAUUCCUCGUCCCGCUGAGCGGACAGCCGCAGCCACACGUGGUGCAUCAGCAGCAGCAGGAGCAGACGCAGCAAAAGAAGCAGCAGCAGAAAAAGCAGCAGCAGAAGA